AUGUCGGACGUGCAGCUUUUGAGCCAAAAGUCUGGGACGUUAGAUGCGUCGUCGGGGUCGCCGUGUCCAAUUGUUUCGGGGCUUUUUGUGUACCCAAUCAAGUCUUGUGCUGGGAUCUCCAUCCGAGAGACACAGUUGACAGUGAAAGGCUUGGUGCAUGAUCGAGAAUGGGCAAUUGUUGACGGAGAGCGGAACAAGGUCAUGACGCAGAGGAGGUAUCCAAAACUCGCGCUGAUUCGCCCGAAAGUGCUGCCUCAUUUGGAUACUGAGGAGUCGAAGACGGUUGUAUUGACAGCGGAAGGAAUGUCGGAUCUUGAAGUGCCGGUGGCACGUGCUGGUGAUGGCGAAUCGAGAGCUGUGACUAUCUGGGAUGAUACAGUGGAAGCAGUGGAUCAGGGAGACGCGGCAGCAAUGUGGCUGGACUCUUUUCUUGGUGAAGGGCUGAACUGCAGCGCUCGUCUUGUAAGGGCCAAGGAGGGAUUCACGCGGCAUACAAAACCCAAGUAUGCACCAGGCCAUUCGACGCACUUUGCCGAUGCAUUUCCGUUCCUCCUUGCACUUGAGGAAUCGCUGGAAGAAUUUAACACGAAGCUGGAGGUUCCCGUUCCAAUGAAUCGGUUUCGUCCAAAUAUUGUGCUACAAGGAAGUCCGGCGUUUGCAGAUGAGCAUUGGAAUUCAAUCGCCAUCAAUGGUGUGUUGUUUCGCAACGCACGCCCUUGCUCACGCUGUGGUAUGCCUAGUGUGGACCAGGCGACCGGUGAGGUUCAUCCAGAGCGUCAACCAUCCCGUACUAUCGUCCGUGAACGCAAUGGUGUUCGUUUGGGUUUCGCUGAUGGCAAGAAGCACGAAGGGUACUUUGGUUCGAACUUGGUGCUGGAGAUGAAGGAUUGGAAUUCGAUAUCGCCUCGGUUGGCAGUUGGCGCGAACGUCAAAGUACUCAGUCUUAAAACGGAGGUUGUUGCCUAG